UGCUAAUGGACAUAACAUUUAAAAAUAACUUAGUCAUGCGUCGCUACAUGCGUUAUUGACAUUUUUCAAUGAAUAACAAAUUAACAGUUUGAUAUACAAUCAACAGACAUUUCUGAAGAUAGUUACAAUGUUGCAUUAUUUUAUAGUAAUAUACACUUUUCGACCAUAGUGAAUAUUUUAUAUAUUAUCAUUAUUCAGUUUCAUUACGAAACAAAUUUUUUCUGAUACAGUGAUAUUACCGAAUAAUUGCCUUUUUUCUUAUUAUUAAAUUACUUUUAUUUACAUAAAAUAAUUUUUUUGGAUCAUCUAUUGUGCAUUUGUUUUCGAAUUUAUAAAAUUAAUUUCAGGUCAAAAUGGAUAAAAAGAAAAGUUUUAAAACUAAAAGGAGUAAAGUAGACUCAACAAAUAACACAAAGAAUGAUGUAAAAAAGAACCAAGUUGAAGAUAAGAAACAAGGAAAAAAAUCAUUAAAAGAGAAGAAUAAUGAAAAAGUUCAAGAUAAACCCAAUGAGUGUGUCGAAUACAAUAAGAAAAAAAAAACAAACAAUAUAAUUGAGCUAAAUUCAUUAUGUAAAACUAUAGACAAAGACAAAGAAAUUGAUCAUGGUGAUAAUGUAUUAGAUUCAUCACCAUCCACUGACAAGAACAGUCAUGAAGAACAAGCCAGUAAUCAAUCUUUUUGUAAAGAUCAAAAGGAUUCCAAUAAACAUAAAUCAAAACAAAAUAAAGCAAAUAAUAGAUAUAAAAUUGAUUUAAAUAAAGAAAUAGAAUGUAAAUCAAUCAAUGAUGAUAAAGAAGGACGGAAUAACAAAAAAAAAAAUCAAGUUAGUAAUAAAAAUGUUAGUGAAAAACCAAACUAUAGUAAAAGUGAUCAAAACCAAAGCAUAUUUCCUGAAAGAGAGAACAUUGAUUUGAAUGAUAUACAUAAAACAAUAAAUGAUGAUAAAGAAGGAUGGACCGACAAGAAAAAAAAUCAAAGUAGAUUUUCUAACAGACAAAUUUCACACGUUUCUCAUAAAUUUGAUAAAAAAAAAGCGGUUGAUAGAGACAACAUUGAUUUGAAUAAGGAUACAUUUAAAUCAAGAAGUUAUGAAAAAGGGAGGAAUUCUUACAAUACAAAUAAUCAAAAUCAAAGAAAGAAUGAAAUAUCUAUUAGUGAGAAUUUUAAACAGAAUAAAGCGCAAAAUAGAAGCAACAGCGAUUUACAUGGGAAAUCAUUAAUUUAUUAUGAAAACUGUAUUUUUGAGGAAAUCGAUGAAGAUCUUUUCAAGUUAUCAAAAGAUUAUUCUCUUGCUCAUUGUGUUGCUGAAGAUUUACGAAUGGGAGCGGGUAUAGCUGUUGAAUUUAAACGCAUUUUUGGUGGUGUUGGUAAACUAAUUGAUCAGAAAUUAAAAAUAGGUGAUGUUGGUAUAGUUGAACGCCAUAAUCAAUAUGCUUUUUAUUUGGUAACAAAAAAAUUUAGUAAUGGUAAACCUACAAUAAAUACAAUGGAAAAAGUUCUUCGUUCACUUGUCAUCAUUAUGAAGAAAUUAAAUUUAACGAAAUUAGGAAUACCCAAAAUUGGCUGUGGAUUGGAUAAACUUGAUUGGUCUGAUACAAGAUCUCUCAUAAUUGAUAUUUUUUCUGGAUCUGGUAUUGACAUAACUGUAUGUGUACCUUCUAAAUUAAUAGAUUCGAAAAUACCACAGAGAUUAAAUGUUUACAUUGCACCAUGUAAUUUAUGGGAGAUGAUGGCCAAAACCAUAAUUGUCUUAUUUAUUGACUUAGAACAAGUAUGCAAAAAGAAUUGGAAAGACAGUGUAGUUGAUAAUGUGGACACUAAAUAUCCAUUCAAACAAAAUUUAUUAAAAGACGUUAAAAACAAUAAAUUUGACCCUGGUGCCAUAACAAAAUACACUGUUAAUAACGAAGAGAUAAUUUGUAUAUUUAUUACGCAAAACGCAUUAUACAGUUCCUUAGAAGAUGGAUUCAGAUCCAUAGAUAAAGCGUUAAAAUAUUAUAAGUUUUUGGCUAUUCAAAGUGGCCCUAUUGAACCUACUGAUAAUUUUAAACAUAUAUCAUGGAUAGUAUUAAUAGUACGUUCAAUUAGUCACUCUUGUGAAUUAUGGUUAUGUGGUGAUGUCAGUCAAACAAAUGUCAUAUAUUAUGAUCAAUAUUGUAAAAAUUUGAACAGAUCUUCUAUGAGUUAUUCAUUUCAAUCAAGUUCUCCAAUACAAAACAACAACAAAUAUAUUAGUAAUCGUCAUAGUUUAAACACGAAAGAAACAAGUAAUCAAAAACAGAUACAUAAUUCUAUGUGUGAGGCCAAGGUACAAAAUAUAACAAGAACAUUUAUUUAUAUUGAUUGCUAGUUAUUACGGUGUUGGCAGUGGCCUGAACCUAAGUAUAAAGGGAGACAACUGCACACCUUUUUUUGAAUGGAUGGAUAAGUUAGCGGUAAGUGUAGGUGCGCAAUAUGGUGUGUUGGGUGAUGGUUGAUUGCUGAAUGUAGAUAAGUGUGCAUUAGAGUAAUACUUACAUUUUGAUUUUACCGGCGUUUUAGAAUUUGUUAUUGCCUAAUCUACUAUCUACAUAAUGUACUCUAAGUAUAGUAAUGUAACUCGCUACAUAAAUUUUAAACGGUAAAGCUAUUGUAGCAACUGGCAAUUCCUUCCAUUUUAUGGUCUUUCAGCGGAUGUUAAAUAGCCCUACGUCUGUCUGGGACGGUGACGCGCGCGGGAGUAAAACUGCAGUUCUGCAGGACGCGGCAUGUUCCUCUCGAUUCGUUUUAGGUAUCUAAUUUUUAAUUUUUUUUUAUGGUGAAUAUCAUCCAAACACAAAUAUUUUUUUAUAUUUGUUAUACUUCUAUAAACCCAGUUCGUCUUGUACUAGGUACUUACCCAGAGGAGGAAUUAAGAUUUUUUACGCCCGGGGAAAAUGUUAAAAUUAUGCCCAAACAUAGACCAAGACUAAAAUAGAGUAUUAUUGUUUAGACUAGGCCCUAGUCACUAGGACUCCUCGUCAGUUAUGGGCCCGUGGCGGUUGCCCACCUUGUCUACCCAGUAUUUACGCCAUUGGGCAUCAAUACACGCUUCACUAGGAAUCUUAAUUAUUAUAGUAAUAUAGUAUUAGUAUAUUCCAGUAUACUACGUACAGUUAAACGAAUCUAAUCAUAAUCUUAUCGUUAACUAGAAUAAUGUCGAUAACCAAAAUGGUGA